UAUAAUUUUUGCACUUACGAUCCCAUCUACUUAUUAUGUAGAUUAUAAAAUAGCAGGCUUGCAUAAAAGCAUAACAUGAUGUACCAAACUUGUUAGUCAAACAAAAAAAAAAAAUAUCCAAGAAGCUUUGAAGAACCAUGGCGAUGUCUCAUGUCCAGCCUGUGCUUUUCUUCCUCGCAUCACUCUUCUUCUUACUGGCUUUGUGCAGCGCCAACGAUUUUGAAUAUUGCACCAAAAAUGGACAUGAUUAUGGUGUCGUCUCUUGGAUCGAGGUCUUUCGGGUUGGGCCUCAGGAAAACCCAACCCUCACUAUAAAUGUAUUUGGUACUGCGACGAAAGAAAUAUCCGCGGGAACCCUUGUAUAUGUAGCCUAUAGAUCUGGGGAUUUUACAGGCCUUUUAAAAACUUACGACCUAUGUGAUGUGAGUUUGGCAUGUAACAUUGAUUCUGAGAUUGAAGCUGGCGACGUGUUUGACUUCAGUCUUAAAGACGUUCUUUAUGUUGGUUUUGAUGAGGGAAUCAAGUAUUCCGUAUCUUUGCGUCAAAAAACCGCAGAGGAGGAGGAUCCAAUAAUAAAAAUGUGUAUCGACUUCAAAGUACCUGCCUCAGCUUCUGCAUUUGUCUCUAUUUAGUCACGUUGGCUGAUGAAAAGAUGUUUCCAACUCUUUCAUUAUAUGACUCUUUCUCGCUUGCAUUUUUCCUUUUUUAUGUGUUGUCCAACAAAUAAAUCAAAUCCUUGAACCGAUAUCGCUAUAGAUAUUGCUUUGUUGUAAUUUUGGCCUGAUUAAUAUGAACCAACAUGCCUUUCCUUGAAUUUUCUGGUUGAUAUUGAUCAAAAAUAAAGUUUUUUACAGAGGAAAUGUUUUACGAGUAGCGGAUACGCAUAAUAAAACGCAG